AAAGGCGUGAAAAUUGCUAAAUAGCUGAAGUGGCAUAGCUGAAGAAGCGCGACAUACAACAACGGUAAUAGAAAUUCAGUCGACAGAAGUGGAUAAGUGCUAACCUGCUUAGACGACUAAGUGGUCGUAGGCGUCACUGAAAUCAGGAGAAGAAAAAACUUGUAUAAAGCUUAAUUUAAGAAGCGGAUAAAUGUCUGGUUGUGGACGAAGUGGAUAAGGCAAAGUUGAAAGCAGUGUUAAGCAUGACGUUGAAAGAUGCACCAAGUCAAGGUCUUAUUGCUGGACUCAAGGAUGUUUCGGUUACAAUACCGCAAGCGGUGAAACGUGGCAGCAAUGCAUUGCUCAUAUGCAAUUACGAUAUGGAAAAUGAUACUUUAUAUUCGGUGAAAUGGUAUAAAGGACGGAGAGAGUUUUAUCGUUAUACACCAAAGGAAAAUCCGGCAAUGAAAGUUUUCCCAAUGGCAGCCGCCGGACUAAGUGUUGAGCGCAAUCUCUCCAAUCAAAGUCAUGUCGUGCUGAUGACGGUGCCGCUCAACAUAUCCGGCAAGUUUACAUGCGAAAUUUCCGUGGAGGCGCCAACCUUUCAAACCGCCAUGGUCUCUGGUGAACUGGAAGUUGUGGAGCUACCAGAGGAGCAGGCCAUUGUUACAGGCAUCCAGCCACGAUAUCGCAUCGGUGAUUUGGUUGAUGGCAAUUGCUCAAUUAAAUACUCCAAGCCGGCUGCUAAUUUGACAUGGACUAUUAAUGGUAUUGUGGUUCCACUGCAUCAUAUUAAAACUUAUCAAAUUGAACGAUAUGAAGAGAAUAAUUUGGAGUCAGUGGUGAGCGCAUUGCACUUCAUGGUGACCACACAGCAUUUCAUUAAAGGGCAAAUGAGGCUUAAGUGUACGGCGAGCAUAUUUGAUAUAUUCAAAGAGGAAAUCGAAAGUGUCAUUGAAGAGGAUCGACCACGCAUUAUGGCCUCUGGCCGUUCAUAUGAUAUGCACAAUAAUUAUCCUUAUGAACAGCAUGCAAGUGGCGAUGGCUUUGAAGAUCACAAUGAAUCCUUUUUAACUUAUUCAGCCGCUGAUAUAACAUCUUCUGCAACAACUAUACACACCGUAGCAUCGGCGAGUAUCUAUGCGAAGGCACUAAAAAUGCAUUGGAAGCACAUUUGGACCGGUCUGAUGGCAACAAUAACAACAAUUCCAACAUCAUUUAACAGAAAGCAAAGGCGAAGGCAACCGGUAGUGGAGUCAUCGCACCGAUAUGUCAAAAGGAUAAGUGAAGCAAACGUUGGUGAUGGGGCAGAAGGUAUACUAACAGCGACAGCUCGCUUAGAUAUUUUCGCAAUGGCGGAAAGGAGUGUUGUUGUUGCCAUUUUUACUGUUAUUUUCGCGGGCGUCUUUGUGUGCACACUGACACUCCAUUUUAUAAGCUGUCAAAGGGUGCAAAAGAAAUCAGUUGCAUCGGCAAUGCAGGAACAAGCAAAGAUGACGGCAGGGAAGAGCGCUACCAACUCGAUAGCUGCAUUUACUGCCAACGUGUUGCUGUCAAAAGUAACAGCAACAGCAUUGGCAGUCAAAUGGACAUUGAAAGGACGAAAAUCCUUUCAUAAUUGCAUUGGAAAAAAUUUAAAAUCAUUGAGUGUACGAUUUGUGGGAUUUCUGCGAGCGCUAGGUUGGUUGAAGUUUAUGCAGUGCAGUGCGACAGUAUCGGCGAAUCCAUUACAAAAAUUGGCGAGACAACAACAACAGAUAUCAAGGCAGCAGCAGAAACAGCAGGGAAGCACUGAAAUAUUGCGCAAUGAUGCGCACCGCUCGCCGAGCAACGCAAAUCAACAGCUGUCGUUGACGGCUGGCAGCAGGAGCCCUUCAACUCCAUUACCAACAACACUGGAUGCUGCAUUGACAUUUGACACGCCGAGUGUUGGUGCUGCCAUGCAUGAUGCAAUCGCCGUCUGUAACAACACCAACACCAACAACACUCGCAAUCGCUGCGAUAGUGGUCGCUACAACAAUAAUAAUAACAACAGUAACCGCAGCAGAAACAACAACGAAAACAGCACAGGUGGCGGCAACAGCAAUCAAGCAAUUGCCAAUUUCACUAAGGACACGUCAAAGGAUCAAACAUUAUUGAUGAUGAUUGCACAACGUUUCGAUUGUCAACAUGUUGACGAUUUUCUUACACGCGCACUUGGUAAGUGGCAACAGCUAAAAGUAUUGCUACUUUCAAUGAACGACAACAACAAAAACAACAACAAGGUGUUGGCGAAAGCAAAGAUGUUUUUGUUUAAUUGGCAAGAAAACGGCGUGACACCACAUCAUCCUUGCCGGCGCUAUUGCUGAUGCCGGCCAAUGAAAGAGGAAUGUGAAAAGGCACAGUUUCGAGAGGAACACAAAUUAAAUAAUUAAAUAAAUAAAUAGUAUAAACUAAUGAUGUAUGACUAAAUAAAAAAAAUACCAUAAGCGCCACGUUAAAUUUGCAAGAAAUAUACAAAAAAUAACAAAAAAACAGUAACAAAAAAUCUACAAUUAAAAAAUUAAAAAAAAA